AGCUGGAACUCAGGUUUUGUCAUCCACCACUAUGCAGGCAAGGUCUCCUACGACGUGAACGGCUUCUGCGAGCGCAACCGGGAUGUGCUCUUCACCGACUUGAUCGAGCUCAUGCAGAGCAGUGAAUACGGUUUUAUCCAGAUGCUUUUCCCGGAAAAGCUUAAUUCGGACAAAAAGGGACGACCAACCACUGCCGGCUCCAAAAUCAAGAAACAGGCUAACGACCUGGUGAACACGCUAAUGAAGUGCACGCCACACUACAUCCGCUGCAUCAAGCCCAACGAGACCAAGAAGCCCCGGGACUGGGAGGAGAGCAGGGUGAAGCACCAAGUCGAGUACCUGGGGCUCAAAGAGAACAUCCGCGUGCGCCGGGCGGGUUUUGCCUACCGCCGCGUCUUCCACAAAUUCCUGCAACGCUAUGCCAUCCUCACGCCCGAGACGUGGCCGUCCUGGCGCGGAGACGAGCGGCAAGGGGUGCAGCACUUGCUGCGCUCCGUCAACAUGGACCCAGACCAGUACCAGAUGGGGCGGAGCAAGGUCUUUGUCAAGAACCCCGAAUCGCUCUUCCUCCUCGAAGAGAUGCGGGAGCGGAAAUUCGACGGCUUUGCCCGGGUGAUCCAGAAGGCCUGGCGCCGGCAUGUUGCCAUUCGGAAGUAUGAGCAGAUGAGAGAGGAGGCCUCCAACAUCCUCUACAACUUCAAAGAGCGGAGGAGGAACAGCAUCAACAGGAAUUUCGUGGGCGAUUACCUGGGCAUGGAGGAGCGGCCGGAGCUGCGCCAGUUCUUGGCCAAGCGGGAGCGGGUGGAUUUUGCCGACUCCAUCACUAAGUACGACCGGAGGUUCAAGCCCAUCAAGCGGGAUUUCAUCCUCACCCCUAAGUACUUCUACUUGAUCGGGCGGGAGAAGGUGAAGAAAGGUCCUGAGAAGGGGCAGAUCAAGGAGGUGCUCAAGAAGAAGGUGGAGCUGCAGGCGGUGAGCGGCGUCUCGCUGAGCACCAGGCAGGAUGACUUCUUCAUCCUCCACGAGAAUGAUGCAGACAAUUUCUUGGAGUCCAUCUUCAAGACAGAGCUGAUCAGCCUGCUGUGCAAGCGCUACGAGGAGCUCACCCGCACCAAGCUCUGCCUCUCCUUCAAGGACACACUACAGUUUCGGGUGAAGAAGGAGGGCUGGGGUGGUGGUGGCACCC